GCCAGCCCCAAACAGCGCCGACAAUGGCCAACAUCCAACAUCCAACAUUGCGUCCGGGCUGCUGCCAACCCAUGGAACCUGUCUCCCUGCUGCGCCCUGGAUUCUGCUGUCAAUCUUCUGCCCGUUUAGCUUAGGUCCUUGACGGGAAAAAGGGUGUGCCGGGCUUCUUUCUCUCAUCGCAUUUCGUGCUCUCCACAUCCAUGAAGUCAACUCCCGACUGAUUCCUCUCGCGCCGUCCCUGUCAAUGCUCCUUCAUUGAGCUCCAAUUAAACAGCUCCGUAUUAUUUCUACCUGUGCUUCUUCUCUGCUGCCAAGGAAGUGGCGCCAAAUCAGCGUUGUCCUAAUAAUUCCUGUAUAGGCUCUCCCCCUGUAUGGCGGUUGGUUUUUGAAAAUUAAAUCUCCAGCUUGCGGUGUUGAUUCCGAUAUUUGCCCCGCCACAGUUCCAUCCCACCUACGAAACCAAAUCAUAACUGUUCACGAACUCAUAUUAUUCUUAUCCUAAUUGCAAAUUUUGCACCAUGACAUCUCUGGAAAACCCCCUCAAGGAGGAUGCCAGAUUGCUCCUGGUCUCCAACCGUUUACCCAUCACAAUAAAACGAUCAGACGACGGUAAAUAUGAGUUUUCCAUGUCGUCGGGCGGUCUUGUCAGCGGACUAAGCGGCUUAUCAAAAUCAACGACAUUCCAAUGGUACGGGUGGCCUGGCCUGGAAGUGCCAGAGGAUGAAAUUCACUUAGUGAAAAAGAGAUUGUCCGACGAAUAUGAUGCGGUUCCUGUGCUGAUUGAUGAUGAGUUGGCGGAUAGACAUUAUAACGGCUUUUCAAAUUCGAUACUUUGGCCUCUUUUCCACUACCACCCUGGCGAAAUAACGUUUGACGAGUCUGCAUGGUAUGCCUAUCGAGAUGCAAACCGUCUUUUCGCUAAGGCUAUUGCGAAAGAUGUGAAGGAUGGUGACCUUGUAUGGGUCCACGACUACCAUUUAAUGCUAUUGCCAGCAAUGUUACGGGAAGAAAUCGGAACGUCGAAAAAGAAUGUGAAGAUCGGAUUUUUCCUACACACGCCUUUCCCCAGCAGUGAGAUAUAUCGGAUCUUGCCCGUCCGGAAUGAAUUAUUACUAGGAGUGCUGCACUGCGAUUUGAUUGGAUUCCAUACUUAUGACUACGCACGACACUUCUUAAGUAGCUGUUCGAGAAUACUUGGCCUAUCGACGACGCCAAACGGUGUCGAAUUUCAAGGCAAACUCAUCGCAGUGGGGGCAUUCCCUAUAGGUAUUGACCCGGAGAAAUUCACUGAAGGCCUUAAAAAGGAGAAGGUACAGAAACGGAUAGCUGCCCUCGAGCAAAAAUUCCAAGGAGUCAAGUUGAUGGUCGGGGUGGAUAGGUUGGACUAUAUCAAGGGCGUUCCGCAAAAAUUGCAUGCUCUCGAAGUCUUCCUAACAGACCACCCUGAGUGGAUUGGAAAAGUGGUUCUUGUCCAGGUUGCUGUUCCCAGCAGACAAGACGUGGAGGAAUACCAGAACUUAAGAGCCGUUGUCAACGAGCUCGUUGGGAGAAUAAAUGGCAAAUUCGGCACUGUGGAAUUCAUGCCAAUCCAUUUUAUGCACAAGUCAGUUAACUUCGACGAACUAAUUGCGCUCUACGCCGUUUCGGACGUCUGUGUCGUCUCGUCAACAAGAGAUGGAAUGAAUCUUGUUUCAUACGAAUACAUAGCAACCCAAAAGAAACGCCAUGGAUGCCUAGUCUUAUCGGAAUUUGCCGGCGCCGCGCAGAGUCUUAACGGCAGCAUCAUCGUCAAUCCAUGGAAUACUGAAGAGCUUGCCAGUGCCUUUCAGGAAGCUGUGACGAUGAGUGAUGAACAGAGGGCUCUCAACUUCUCCAAGCUUGAUAAAUACGUUUCGAAAUACACAAGUGCGUUCUGGGGACAAUCCUUCGUCUCGGAGCUUACAAGAAUUUCAGAGCACGGGGAGAAGAAGCUCCGACUGAGGAGCUCUUCAAAGGUUCCUGAGGAGGUGCCUAACAAGGCCGCGGUAACUCCCAUGCCCAGUGGCGAUGGCCCGAAAACUGAAAAUAAACAAUAAAGAGCUAUGAGGGUAACCGCGAAAAAGUCCCUUUUCAAGAACAGAAUAUGAAUAAUUACGAGUUUUAAUACACUUUCAUAAGCGUCACAAUGGCAUUACCAGGGAGUGCAACCUAUAUUUCAAGCUGAAGAUGGGGGUGGACAUGGACUUGGUCGUUUUCUAUCUAUAGCAUUUAUUUCACUUCUACUUUGGCUGGUUGGGUUUUAUUUACAGGAGCUAAGGUUGUUUGUCCCCCACAACUUUCGUUCCAUCCCUUUUUCUUUUUUGUUCUCUACUGCUUUACUUUUUGAUGCUUCUAUUUAAAAAAGCUUUCCCCUCCUUUCCCAAUCUAUUUCUUACCGCGAAAGCCCUUCAUCAUUAUCUGCCGUUCAGAGUAAUGAUACAGCACGUUGCCAUUCAAGCCAGUCUUUUCUUGUACAUACAUAAAGCAUACUUAUUCCUGUAUAUUUAUACGUCAAACGCAAACAUAUAGCAAGGUUUACCAAUUGUUUGAACAUUCAUCAUACGCAGUCAACAUGGUUGCUCUUUGGUGAAGAAUUUGGU